GAAUAUUCAAGGCGCUGGAGGUAGAAAGCAGCGGGCGACAGGGCCGUGUUUAUUUAUCACGCUUCCCCCAGAAAUGUUUAUAAAUAUAUGCCAAAACCUUCCUCCCGUUGACUUGUUAUCUUUGGCUCGAGCAUGUAAAAGAUUUAAUGGAUUCUUGAGUGCAGAAACCUCAAUGACAACUCAAGAAAUUUGGAAAGCAUCCAGGGAAAUGUUUUUGCCGUACUUACAAUUGCCACCUCCAGAUGGAAUGACAGAGAGGCAGUAUGUGAGAUUGGUCUUGGAGAGGGGAUGCCAAUUUUGUGGUAAAACAAAAAUUCGGAAAGUUUAUUGGGAAUUUCUUGUCCGCUGCUGCGAGGAUUGUUUAAAGGAAAGAACCUUAAGAAAAGAAGAUAUUAAACAAGAUUUUUUUAAACUACAAAAUGUAAGAGCUGAUGAUGUGUUGGCGGGAUUGGCUUACAUUCCAUCUUGGCAUAGAAGGGCAUGGGACAGAGGAACAAAGAAUAGACCUUCGAGCCUUUAUUGGACUAAGGAUUAUUUAGCUGCUUAUGAAGAAUUUAAAGAGAUUCCUCAUACUCUUAGGAUUGAGUGGAUUAGAAAAAAGAGAGAAGAAGGUGAUGCCAAAAUGAAGGAAGCUGUCAAGAGAAAGUUGGAAACUGACAAAGAAUUAAGAAAUAAGAUGCAUGAAAACUCGAUAAAGAGAAGUGAGAGAGCUUUACAAAUUCAAUCCAGAAUUUUGGAGAUGAAAUCAGAAAAAAAUGAAUAUGGAAUUGCCAAAUAUUCUGAUACCCUCAUGGAAACUAAUGCUUACACGAACGCCACGAAAUAUAUUAAUCUUAAAUCUCCACAACCUUUCACGGAUCGUGCUUGGGCUUUGUUGAAAAAGAAAUUAAUAAAAGAAUAUAAUGAAUUAUCUGAAAAGAAGAGACAGCUGCGCAUUGAAAAAGAAAAAAUUCUUCCAAAAGAUACCAUCAUCCAGAUGAGACAAUUUGAUAUUUAUGAAAUAGCUAAACAAUGGAUUCCUGAUCCAGAAACUGAGAAAAAAAUGGAACAAAUUGAAAUUAGUGCAGCCGAAUUAGCAUUUUCUUCAACAUCCACUUCAGCUGCAGUUAAUACUACGACUUCAAUAACCGACUUUUCACAUAUAAAAGUUGAAGAUACAACACCAUUUACUGAGUUUACAAAUAUAAAAGUUGAAAAUACAACUUCAAUAUCAGAUACCACUUCUGAUAAGAUUGAAGGCGUAACCUCAACUUCCAAUAAUGCUUCUAUGAAUAUUGAUAACUUAAUCUCAACAUCUGACGACACUCCUAUGAAUAUUGACAACAUAACUAUACCCAAUAUGUCCAUUUACUUUUCUAUGCCAACUCAAAUUUCCGAUUUUUCUUAUUCUAAUGACAAUAACACAUCUUAUACAGAUACAAAUUCCAUAAUGUCAAUCGACUCCCUAAUAUCGCACGAUACAUCGAAUUUUUCUUUUGAUUAUGCAUCUACAUCUAAUUCAGCACCUAUCUAUUCAGAUUAUUUUUACACAGACCAAAUGGAAGAUGUUGAUAUGGACCAAUUUUCUUUAAAUUAUGAAAUGCCAACGCCGUCAUCUUCGACGGAUGAAUAUUACAUGUUGUACGAUCAAUAUUUCUUCCAAUUUGAUUCGAAUGCCAAUGUUAAUAUACAACAAGAUGAAAAUAGGUUUAUUAUUGAAAAAUAUUUACCUUGGUGUCCAUCUUAUAGGAAUCCACCAUUUCAUGAAGGCAAUCCAUAUAAUCUAUGGGAUGAAAAUUAUCUUAUGAAAACUUUAAUGCCACUAAUUUGGUGCGAAGCUACAUAUUUAUUGAACAAUGGCGGACCAACAACAACUGUGCAAGGUGCAGUACUUGGUGGUUAUCGAGAAAAUAACAAGUUUAAAUGUAAAGUAUGUUUUGCAAAGGAGCACCCCAAAAUGUCAUAUUCUUUUAGAAAUGUAAGAAAACAUUUAAUUGAAUACCAUAACGUCAGAAAUAUUAAUGACGAAGAAAUGAUUGAGAUUUGA